CUUGCUGUGGAACCACUUAGGGUGAGCACGUUCGGAGGAGGCCAGUCAGUAGAUCAAACGAGUGCAAAGGUACAGGUGGGGCUUAAGAUACAGGACGGAUCUUUGCUCCAAGUAACGGCAUACAAAAUCCCCAAAAUCUGCAGUCCGCCUCCUGUCAUCAGCCGUGACGAAGUGCAGCAGCACGAGCAUCUCGGGGGCUUAACACUCGCCGAAGAACCGAGUGGUGCAGCAGUCGAAGGCGAUGAAAUAGAAAUCCUUAUCGGACAGGAUUUAUUGCAGGAUGUCUUUGACGGUGAGAUGCGUCUGGGUCGGUGUGGACCAAUGGCGAUCAGUUCGAAGCUGGGGUGGAUCUUGUGCGGCCGCUUGAGCGGAGCUUCUUGGACACAGCAGCCGAUGAUGACCAACUUCGUGCGCACGGAGUCGGUGAAGACGACGCUGGAGGGAAUUGGCAUAAGCAGUGUGGGUGCAGACGACGCUAACUCGAAGGAAUUGCUGGAGAUAGCGGCUGUGAAGCAGUUCAACGAGACUUGCACCCGUGUCCCUACCAAACAAGGCCACUAUCAAAACCGCUGGCCGUGGCAUACAGAUGUCAAGGACCUUCCCUCGAACGAGUCCACAUCUCUCUCUCUCCUGAAGACCUGCGAAGUUGCCUCUGGUCGGGCGCAUGCGCUUUCUCACCCCGCGGUCUUCAAGAACGACUCAGUGUGUGACGACGGCACCGGUGAUGAGGAGGUGAAGGAGCACCACUCGGAGGGCGGCAGCAGCUGUCUGACCGUGCUCGUCCUUCUGGUCCUGCUGGCCGGCGUCGGUGUCCUUCUGGCGCUCUUCUACGUCCAGUCACAGGGCAUCCCCCACGUGGACACCCCUGCCCCUCAACCGGCAGCAGCGCCGCGCGUGAAGACUAUCGUGGUCGAAAGCGUCAACUCACCACCACCUGCCAUCAUACAGAGAGAAGGCGCACCAGUCGGCCAGCAGGAGCAGGAUGCCGAAGAACCAACAACUGAUCAGGCAGCUUCUGAGCCGGACCAGCAGCAGGCUGAAGAGGUGACCCCGCUGGCGGACGCUGACGAGCGCGUGGACGUGACGGAACCGGCAGUCGAAGAGCCGCGCGAGGUCGCAGAGGAGGCCAAGACCGUGGAACACGCCGAGGUAGUAGAGGAAGUCGAAGUAGCGAAGGGAGCAGUAGUAGCGGAAGAAGUUGGGGUAGUUGAUGAGGUGGAAUUCGCGGUGGAGGACGAUCAUCAGGAGGAAGUGCCAGAGGUUGCGCUUGAAACGGAGGAGACAGAGGAGGUGGUACCCAAGGUCGCCUUAGAGGAGCAGCAGGAAGAACAGGUAGCUACACCGUCCAAGGAGCCGGCCCCCAACACUUUCCGUCCCCUGACAGUGCGCCAGCAGAAACUAAAACACCGUCCAUGCCAGUCCAGGGCCGCGAAGUCAGUAAAGGAACCUGGGAUAGAAACUCCCAAGGAAGCUGUGAGACAGAGAAGCCCGUUGGAAAGGCGGCAGAAAAGGUUUGAACCGAACCGACAAAAUAUCCUGUAGCAAAAGAAACGUGACUAACUUGAAGAUGAUCCAAGAAGGGUGGGCUGAGCUCCACCCCGGGGGAGAAUGUUGUGUAAUGUGCAUGUGGUGGCCAAGGGUUGA